AUGUCUUCGCUGGACUUGGAAAAAACCAAUGGGAACAUUGAAGUCUCCCAACAAGAUCUCGAGAGCCAAAACAAAGACCAAGUCAUUGGCACCAUCAUGUCCCCCUCCGGGAAGCCCAUCGAGAUCACUGGCGAUGUCGAUGAGGCCAUGAAAUACGCCAUUAGGAACAAGGAUGUGCAUGUUGAACUUGAUGCUGCCACAAACAAGCGUUUGUUACGUAAGAUCGAUUGUUACGUUCUCCCAUUGAUGGGUGUCUUGUACUGUUUCCAGUUCAUCGACAAGCUUUCAAACUCUUAUGCCUCCAUCUUGGGACUUAGAACCGACUUGCAUAUGGAAGGUACCAUGUAUUCCUGGACCAGUACCGCCUUUUAUCUUGGUUACCUUUUCUUUGUGUUUCCAGCUUCUUAUUUGCUUCAACGUUUCCCAGUAGCCAAGACCGUUUCCGUGUUUAUCAUUCUCUGGGGGAUGAUUUUGUGCUGUCACGCUGUUCCUGAAUACCCAGGUUUUGUUGCCUUGAGAACCAUCUUGGGUAUGCUUGAAUCUUGUGUCACCCCAGCCUUCACCAUCAUAACUUCCCAAUGGUACACCCAGGACGAACAGUUUAUGCGUGUCACCUGUUGGUUUGCCUGUAACGGGUUCGGUACCCUUAUUGGUGGUGCCAUUUGAUACGGGUUGGUCAUGAACCAAGACAAUUACUCCAUCAAGGCUUGGAAACUUAUUUUCAUUGUUCUUGGUUGUGUGACCAUGUUUUUGGGGUUCCUCAUUGCUGCUCAUCUCCCAGACACCCCGGCUAAGGCUUGGUUCUUAAAUGAACAAGAAAGAGCCCUUGUCGUGGAACGUAUCAGAAAGAACCAACAAGGUUUCGGGAACAAGCAUUUCAAAAAGUAUCAAUUUAUUGAAGCCAUUUCUGAUUACAAGACUUGGCUUCUUUUCCUUUUCGGGGUUUCCACCAACAUUCCUAGUAGUGGUAUGACUGCCUUUGGUAGUAUUUUGUUGAACGAAACUAUGGGCUACAGUGUCACCCAAUCAUUAUUGAUGGGUAUGCCAUCUGGUGCAGUUGAACUUGUUGGGUGUCUUGGUCUUGCCUAUAUCUCCACCAUCACCCAUUCUCGUAUGUUCUUGGCCUUUAUUGGAACUGGAAUUGUUGUAUUGGCCCAAUGUUUGCUUGCCUUCGGUACCCUGCAAGCCGUCCAAAUGGCUGGCUACAACUUGUACGCCUUUGUUCCUAUCGGUUUGAUCUGUAUGGUUUCGGUCGUGGCAUCCAAUGUGGCUGGCCACACCAAGAAGAUCACCUCCAACGCCAUACUUUUCAUGGGAUACUGUGUGGGUAGUUUGGUUGGUCCACAAACUUUUGUUGCCAAACAAGCUCCACAAUACCAUGGCGCUAAAGUCGCCAUUCUCACAUGUGGUAUAAUCUCCUGGUUUACCAUCGCUGCUGUAUGGUACGGCUACGUCAGAGAAAACAAAAAGAAGGACUUGAUCAACAAGGAAGACUUCCCAUCUUUUGAAAACCACGAAUUCGCUGAUUUGACCGAUAAGGAGAAUAUCUACUUCAGAUACCAAACCUAAGUACACUUA